AUGCGCCAGUCCACCUCACCCUCGAGAAUUGGCCUGACAAAGUCCCGUAACGGCUGUGCUACUUGCAAGUACAUCCCGAAAAGUAAAUGCGACGAGACACGACCGCGUUGCCAGCGCUGUACCAGCACGGGGCGGAAAUGCGAAUAUCAAGUGUCUACCGUGUCGAGAUAUGGCACGCCAUCACCACUGGCACCGUCUCUCCUCUCGGGAUUAUCGGGGUCGAGAGUGGAUCCUUCAGCUCAGAGGGAGAGACGUGCUUUCCAGCACUACUUCUAUCGUGGUGCAUCGUCCAUUGCGGGUGCACUUGAUCUCAAAUUCUGGAAAGAUACCGUGCUGCAAUUGUCCCGUUCGGAACCGGCGGUAUGGGAUGCGGUUAUUGCCAUCAGUGCUCUUCACGAGAGUCCAACGCCUUCACUUGACCUUUCUCCAAAGGGUAACGAGAAGAAUGAAGCGUUGAACUGGUACUCGCGCUCGAUGAUGAAUGUCCGAAAACUGAUCGAGCAGAACAGAGCUAACCAGGAGAUCGCUGUCGUCACUUGCGUUUUGUACAUCUGCAUUGAAACCAUGCAGGGACAUAUGAAAGAGGCGCUACAAUUAUAUGAACAGGGUAUCGCUCUUAUACACGAACUACGCACGGCAUCCGCCGCCAGAGCGUCGUUUUUGGAAGAUACCAUCAUUCCCCUGUUCUCUCGACUGGGAACUGCGGCAUUGUCGACAGCGGGUGUACCUGUUGUUAAAGAUCUGUUUGCUCUUGCAGAUCAUCGGGGAAAUACUGGCUUUUUGACUGCUGAGGCUGCACGGGCCGCUCUUGCGCCUCUUAUGAGAGAGUCGUUGCUUUUUUGUUGGGAGGCUGGAGCCCAUAUUCUUGAGGCGGGAUCUGUAGCAGAUGUAUCUGCGGAGGUUUUUGACCGUCGGCAAAAUCUUCUAGCACGGCUUGAAGAUUGGUAUCGCCUAUUUAUCGCACUGGCAAGCAACCAGCCAGAUCACAUGUACCAAAAUGCGGUCUCAACAUUACGAACCUUCCAUGCAGCCAUAUACAUAAUCCUAUCUACAUGCCUCACCCAACGAGAAACCGCCUUCGACAAUUAUCUGUCCCAUUUCCGAAUCAUCGUCGAACACGCAUCACAGGCACUCGCCAGCAUUACACCAGAUAUCUCCCAAACACCAUUCACAUUCGAAUCUGGCGUAGGCCAGCCGCUCUUUCUCACGGCUAUCAGCUGUCGUGACCCGGUCUUACGACGAGAAGCAUUGGCGCUGCUCCGACGCGUUCCGCAGGAGGGGUUCUUUGAGUGUAAACCUCGGGUGGCGAGUGCGGAGGAGUAUAUUCGGAUGGAGGAGGGGGGGAUGGAGGGUUUGAUGGUGCGGGCUUCGAAUUCGAUGACAUCCGACUAUUCAUCUGAAAUGGAGGUUAAGGAAAUACCACUGGAGAGACUGGCUAAUCUUCCAUUUGUGGAGGAUCUGGUUACCGUCGAAGACGACAUUGAAAAUGCCAAGUUUUUCUCUGGCGAUGAACACUUUCCCAUCCCUGAGGGACAUCGGAUUCGCAAAAAUGUUGUUGUUCAGCUGAACUGCCAUGGCAUACCUCAAACUCGACCUUUUCUGCAUUUCACGAGAAAUCGACCAAGCGCCAACGGAGUGUGGGAAGAAAGGGAGUAUUUCCUUCCAUUGAAUCCGAUAAAUGCCACCAGCAUGAGAUGA